CCAACGACGGCGACGGCGCAAGCAGAAAAAGGCGACUAAACGUCUCACAAUAAUCCCUCUGUAGCGAGUGACGACGACAAACCGCAAUCAUGGUCAGAAAACUCAAGCAUCACGAGUCGAAGCUUCUGCGAAAGACAGACUUCAUCACAUACAAAGGCGACAAUGGCCAUCGCGACAAGGCCGUCAUGCGACGGUACAUGAUCCAAAAGCCUGAGGACUAUCACAAGUACAACCGUCUCUGUGGUUCUCUGCGCCAGCUCGCCCAUCGUCUAUCCCUCCUCCCUCCCGAGAACGCAACCCGCCGCAAGCACGAGGAGCUGCUCCUCAACAAGCUCUAUGAUAUGGGCGUUCUUUCAUCCUCCUCAAAGCUUUCCGCCGUCGAGAACAGCGUCACCGUCAGCGCCUUUGCGCGCCGCCGACUUCCCGUGCUCAUGACCAGGCUGCGCAUGGCCGAGACUGUGCAGGCAGCGACCAAGAUGAUUGAGCAGGGCCACGUGCGCGUGGGGACUGAGACCGUCACUGAUCCGGCUUACCUGGUUACGAGAGGCAUGGAGGACUUUGUGACAUGGACUGUGGGCAGCAAGAUCAAGAGGAACAUCAUGAAAUACCGAGACCAGCUUGAUGAUUUCGAGCUGCUGUAAUUUGGUGUGGCUUUGGGUGUCAGAUGUUGAAAAGGUCGGGGGUAGCAUGAGGAGGAGGAAAAUGCAUUGGACGAUUGGAGUUUGGGCGUCUUUGUAUUGCGAUCUUCGAAAGGGCAACUACUACGGUGAAGCUCAGAGUUUGGAGGUGAUGCAGAAUUUUACAUUUAACAAGAUUUGGUCAAA